AUGCCAAAAGUUAGUUUUCUGGGUUUCCAGUAUGGCCUCCCGAAAAGAAAUUUUUUGCGGAAGCCAUCUCGUCUGUUUUCCAAAGAUGGGCAUAAUUCUAGUAAGUUACCCGCUUAUCAGCAAAGCUUAGAGGAGACGAAGCAGGUUUUCGACAAAUAUGACGCAAACAAAGAUGGCAAGAUUUCACCUGAGGAGUACAAGGCCAUAUUGAAAGCCCUGGGAAAGGGAAAUCCGCUUACAGUAGAAGUGAAAAAGAUAUUCGAGGUGGCAGAUUUGGAUGGUGAUGGAUUCAUUGAUUUCAAAGAGUUCGUGGAAGUGCAGAAGAAAGAAGGCGGGUUAAAGACGGCGGACUUACAGAACGCUUUUCGGACAUUCGACAUGGAUGGCGAUGGAAAGAUAACUGUGGAGGAAGUUUUCGAGUUGUUGCAGAAACUUGGAGAGAGGUGCAGCAUGAAGGAUUGUAGAAGAAUGGUCCGAGCUGUUGAUGCCAAUGGGGACGGUGUGAUUGACAUGGAUGAAUUCAUGACCAUGAUGACUCGCACCCUCAAACUUACUAGUUACUAG